AUGUUACCACCACGACCAUCACUCGGCUAUUUGUCGAAUUGCACAAAAUCUAGUACUGGACCUAACACAACUUCUGGUAGUAAAUCCACAUCAAAAAAGUUAAUCAUUUUGGACUUAAAUGGCACAAUAAUUAAUAAGAAAUCACGAAAUACCUCCCAACGUCCUUAUUUGGUAGAUUUUAAGGGUUUUCUUUUCCGUAACUUUUCAGUUAUAGUUUAUUCAUCUGCUAUGUAUAAAAAUGUACAAAGAUACGUUGAAAGUGCCUUUAAUGUUGAGCAACAAUCUAAGUUGCUCGCCGUCUAUAGUCGGGAAAACAUGCAGAUGUCAAGUAAUGAUUUUAGAAAUAAGGUACAAACUUAUAAAGAUCUUGAAAUGAUAUGGCGUAAACAUAAAGAAUACGAUCAAAGUAAUACUAUACUGAUUGAUGAUAGCUCAACGAAAGCUGCAUUACAACCUUUCAACCUUCUUUUAUUAUCUACAUGGGAUGACAGCAAGGAUGACAGCAUGAUGAUAGCCACUAUAGGAAUAUUGGAUGAGAUAAAGAAUUUCGAGAACAUUAGUAAUUACUUCAUGAAAUAUCAACACAUAAAGACUGUAGACAAGGAUGCAGAUAUUUCAAUUCCCUGGUUUGAAAACCCUGUAGUUUACGCAUUUUGGCUUGAAAAAGGCAGAAAAUUGAUUCAUUUAGACGGAAUAUUGGACAACAUUGCAAAAUUAUCAUUAUCUCAUUGA